CUUUGAACGGCGGAAGAGAAACAUAGCCUGAAAGCGUGGCUGGUGACAGCGUGAGUUUCUCUCUGCAGGCCACUUGGCGGCAUUUCUGACAAUAUUCAUCAUGAUAACUCCAGCAUUUGAUCUGAGUCAGGAUCCAGACUUCCUUAUAAUAACAAUCAAAGUACCUUAUGCACGAGUUUCAGAAUUUGAAGUCCAUUUUGAAGGGCAGGAGUUCAAAUUUUAUGGUAAACCUUACUUUCUCAGACUGGCUCUUCCUGGAAGAAUUGUAGAAGAUGGCAGAGAAAAAGCAUCUUAUGAUGACAAAGGGCUAUUUACCAUCAGACUUCCUAAGGAGACUCCUGGAGCAUAUUUCGAAGGAUUAGACAUGUUGACAUCUCUUUUAGCCACAAAGAAGUCUAGAUCGGCAAAACCUUUAAUCCAAGAGAUAGAUGCUGGUAAUGGGGAGGAGGAGGAGGAGGAGGAAGAAGAAGAAGAGUUCAGUUGGGAAAUUGAACAAAUUCCAUAUGAAGAAAGCAGAGAGGAUGGUUUAUGUUCAUCCUGUGGCUAUGGAUUUGGAAAUCAGAAAGCGGGAGUUUUUAAACGUCUUCAGGAAGAACUUAGUGAAGUUAUUGACAUUAAGAAUCCGGACGGAACCCCCGCAGAUGAACGCAGAAAGAAACGGCUAGUGGCAGAAGCUGCCAAAUUUGAUCCUGAUCACUACCUUGCUGACUUUUUUGAAGAUGAAGUUAUUCACCAUCUAUUGAGGUACAAGCCCUGGUGGGUUAAAGCCUUUGCUAAAAAGAUGGAUUCUCAGAAACACAGUCCUCCGGAUGAAUUUAAUCAGACUGCAGCAGUUUCUUUUACAUGCUGUAAAAGUGCAGUGUUGAAGUGUCUAUUAGAUAUUCACAAGAUUUUUCGAGAAAAUGAUCCUGCAUAUAUUCUGAAUGAUCUCUACAUUACAGAUUACUGCAUUUGGAUUCAAAAAACUAAGUCAAAGAAAUUGGCAGCCCUUGCUGAAUGUGUGCAGAAAGCAGAGCUGAGCAAGGCCAAAUUAGGUUUUGAAUUAGACGAGCUGGAAACAGCAGCGCUGCUUGUACAGGAGGAAGAAAAGGAGUUAAAAGCUUCUGGCGCAGACAUUUCCAGGCAGCAGCAGCUGCCGCCUCCCUCCAAAAGAGAAGCGGGUGACUCUGAAGACUCAAGCAGCACUUCAUCAUACGAGACAGAAGGCUCCGAUUCCGAGGAACAAGAGUCCUCAGACAGUGAAGAUGGGGAAAUAAAUCCUUUACAAAGCAGGCUUGGAGAGGAGAGGACAGCCCCACUUAUUGGCAGUAAUGGAUUAAGGCGAGACACGGACGCUUUGACGUUAGAUGUUAGUAAUGAAAAAUCAAAGGCUGCUUUGCAAUCUACAUCUGUUCCUGGGAAACUGAUAGAAGAAUUAGGAAAACAAAUGCAAGCUGCCGUUCGGCUUACCGAACAGCCUGAAGGAUCGCCUCGUGGAAGUGACGGCUCUUUCCAAGAGAUGGGAACAAGCUGCGUAGCUGAGCCCCGAGAACUUUCACCAGACUGCAAUGGAGACGGACAUUUCUUGGAGGUGACGCCAAAGCCCAGCCGUCGUCUGAUUCUGGGCACCAUAGAUGAAGAUGCAACUUCCUAAGCAGAUAUGGGUGGGUUGGAUUCCAGGUCAUUCUGACAAUCAAAUGUCUGUCACAUUUCAGGGAGGGGAUACAGUCUUUUAAAAUGUCUUCUUCCAUGUUUGAUCCUGGGGUUCUUAAUCAAAAGCCUGUGCAAAAAAAACAGUGGACCAGAUUAUAUUAAAUGCUGUCCAGUACAUCAGCAGUUCACCUUCAGAGAAUUCUUAUGCCUGAGACUUCUAUGACCUUGUGUUAGCAUUGAAAGGGCAUCAUUCCAUGAGGUUAGUAGUGUUACAAAAAGUGUAAUAAACCUUGUUGAAGUUAGUUAACUUCUAAAGUAAAUUGUUGAGAGUAAGUAGUAAAGACAGCCUUAGUAAUCUUGUUUACAGAGAAUUUAGUUUUAAAUAGGUUGUGCUUACCCUUUAAAAUCCAGCUUGGUUUCCAACUUUUAAAAUGUUUGCUCAUGGUCCAUAGAUUUGGAAUAUCUACAGUGUGUACACAUACAUCAGCUGAGUACAGGCUUGCAAAUUCCAGACUCUUGAGUAUGUAACAAACCUGUCCAUCACUCAUAGUUGCAUAUGCAGUGUAUUCAGCAGCAACAUUUUAUGCGUGGUUAUUUAGAAAUAAAUCCCACUGGAAUAAGUGUGCAUAUUUUCACGAACAUAUAUGGGGAAUGGAACUCUGUGUAUGUUCAUCUGUGAAGCAUGUUGUCUAUUUAGGGUUUACAUUUAAGUAUGGUGUAGUAAAUCAUAUUUCAGUUUCAGUACAACCAUUUGGUAUCAGUUCAUCAGCUACUCUGAAAAUCAAGGUCCAAAGGCUUGGUGAGAAUGCAUAAAUAUUUGAGUCGGUAAACUUGCCUAACUGUUGCUGGUAGGAACGGAGCAGAGAAAAAGAAAAGAUUCUCCUUCCAUUUUGGCAGCUCAUCUUUCUUUGCCAGCAUUAGGCAGAGCUGUGCGCAUUGUUCACAGCCAUGGUGGUAUAACAUGUCGGAAAUCAUAACGCAGAUCAAGGAUCUAGUAGGCAUCCUAAGAAAUUUAACUUUCAUGCUGUGUUUUAAGGGUGUGUUUCUUGUCUCUUUCUACACUGGCUAGCAGACAUAGAGUAAGUUACACAGGCUAAGUAAAUAAUAUGCACAGGUUCUUAAUUUGUGUGAUUUAUUGGGAAAGGAAAAUGUAGGGGGCAUCGUGCAUGCCGCACCGCUCUAAAGAAAUCCAUAUUGCAAGAGUCGUGCCCUGUUUUUCACACUCUCUCCUCUGUUUAUGGCCGGUAGCCAAGAGAGAGCCUGCUUGUCAGUUCUCUGAACAGCUCUGUUUCUCUGUAGGAGCUGACAACUCCUGAGCUUGGGAAAUCAAUCUUCGUUGUGUCUUCCUGUGUUGGGAAGAUUAUUACCUAAGCCUGGCUUUAUUCUGGCAUGUCCUGUCAUAUUUGGACCUUGAUCUCUCCUCCCUCCACUGCCACGAUAAAUUAUGUUCUUUCUGCUGUCUAUCAACUUUCCUGCACGCUCAACUUCUGAUAUUCCUGGGAGUUCAUCCGCAAGCAUUGGAAUCUGUUUGGGUACAAUCGUCCUGCACAUCUCUCCUCCUUAUACUUUUUAAAAACAGUUGUGGAGUUAAUUUAUUUUCUUCCACGCAUGCCUUCAAUAAUGAGGAUUUUCAAGGUGCUGGUGUGUUCAGUGGUGUCAUAGCACCCCUAUUUAAAAAAGGCAUUAAAACAUUGAUAUAUUGCUAGAACAUUGCUGUAGCCUUAGGUUCUCUGAAUUUCUGGUUUUCAUUUUUUAAAAAAAGUCUCUAGUCCUUUCCCUCAUGGAGAUACGCCUUUUUCCUUAGAUAUCCACACAGAAAGGAGAUUGAGACUUCUUAAAAAGAAAAAGCUGGGGAUUCAGAGAAUCUCCUCAGGCUAUUUUUCCAACACUCCAUCAGUAUAUCAAUAUUUUAGUGCCACUUUUUUUUAAAAAAGAAAAUUGCUCGUGGGAGGAAGGGGAGAGUAGUUUGACUAUGACCAUCCAAUUGUUGAACAGUGAGCUGGAGGUGGGUAGAAGUGGAUGGGAAAAAGAAAACCAACAAACAUUACACAUGAGGAAAAAUCUAACUCAAAAUCAGCUUCCAGAAAAAUGUUGGGGCGAAAGUGGUCCCAAAAGAACCAGAAAGAAUGGGGGGGAGGGGACAACCCAAAAAAGAAAUAAAAACUAAAGGCACAAAAAUGUGUCUAGAAAUUGGAAUAAAGCAAAGCAGUAUAAGACAACUCUCCUCCUGCCCCCUCCCCCAAAACAUGCAGAAACACACUUCAUUGGGUUUGUAGUGACUUUCUUCAACUCAUUUGGGAUCAGCUACAUGGCACAAGGCACAUGUCACAAGAGUACAUUUAUUUGUUCCAAAGUGGGAAUCCAAAUGACUUACAUUACCUUCCUUUCCUUUAUUUUAUUUUCACAGUGGCCCUGUGAGAGAAGUUAGGCUGAGAAAAUGUGACUGGCCCAAGAUAACCCACCAAGUUCCAUGACAGAGUGCAGAUUUGAACCAGGGUCUACUACUACCCCAAGAUUCCUUUCUUGGUCUUUCACACCCAGUACAGAUCCCAUUUGUGUAUAUGUGAAGUUGGGAUUUUUUUGCCCCAAUAUAUCACUUUGCAUUUGCUCCCAUUGAAUCUCAUUUGCCCAUGCCUCCAGUCUGGAGAGAUAUUUUUUGGAGCACUAAUCAAUCUGUUUUUGUUUUAACCACCCAAAAUAAUUUGAUAACAUCUGCAAACUUGGCCACCUCAAUGUUCAUCCCCAGCUCCUGUUGAAAAGCACUGAUCCCAACACAUCCUUGAGAAACCGCACUGCUCACUUCCCUCAGUUGUGAGAACAGACCAUUCACUCCUACUCUCUGCUUCCAAUUUUUGAGUCAGCUCUUAAUCCUUAAGAGGACUUAUCCUUUAUCCCAUGACUAUGAAGUUUUCUUAGCAAUCUUUGGUGGGGGACUUUGUCCAAAGCCUUCCAGAAAUCCAAAUACACAACGUCCACAAGCUCAUUUCUGUCCACAUGCUUACUGACACUUUCAAAGAACUAAAAUGUUACUGAGUCAGGACUUAUUUUUGCAGAAGCCAAAUGCUUGACAAUUCUAUCUUUAAUAAUGCUUUCCAUCUAUUUAUCUGUAACAGGUGUUAAGCUAAUUGGCCUGUAAUUCCCUGAUUCCUUCUGGAACCUUUUUUUUUAUAAAUGGGUGUUAUGUUGGCCAUGCUCCAGUCCUCUGGUACAGAGGGUGAUCUUAGGGACUUGUUGUGUAUCAUUGUCAGAAAUUAAUCCAUUUUCCCAUUUGAAUUCUUGAAGAACUCUAGGAUGAAUACUGACUGGUCCCCCUGCAGUUUGGCUAUACAUCCUAGAACUUCCUGCCUUUACCACAGUUAGCCCCAGCUCCUCAUUCUCGCCUCCCCGAAACAUCUGUUCAGGAAAAGGUAUCUGCCCUAUAUCUUCAGCAAUGAAGACAGAUGAGAAGAAUUUCUUUAGUUUCUCAGCAAGCGCUUUAUCCUCUUUUACUCCCAUCAUCAUCCAAUAGUUGAACAGCUCCCUUAGCUGGUUUCCUGCUCCUAAUGAAUUUCUUAUUGCUGGUGUCAACGUGCUUAGUGAUACGUCCUUCAAAAUCCCUUUUUGCAUUUCUAAUUGUUUGCAUUUCCUUUGUUGGCUUUUUAUUAGCCUUGUUGGAGUAAACCUUGAGUAAGCUUGUUGUGUUAGCAGACUCUUGCCACUCCACUCCAGUUGGGACUUAUUGGUACUCAACCACAUUAAGAUUGUAGAUUUCUCCCCUGGAUUUCUUUACCAAUCUAAACAAGAUCCAGAUUCUCCAAACUAUAAAACAAAGAGUCCUUGAUACAGAAAAAUGAACAAUGGUAUCGCUACCUGGAAGACCUUGCUCACCAAUGAUUCACGGGAUCUUACUAUGUGGAUUUAUGCCUAUUUCAAUAAGAUCUUAUUCUCUCCUUAAGACGUGCCUUUAUGUGGGCUGGUGUCAAUUUAUUCCCUUCAGCGGUCACAUGUAGAAGAUACUGCUGCAUUCCAUUUCAAGAGAGGCACUGCCAAUGCUCCCAAUACCAAACUGAAAUGAUGGAACACAUACUUCUCUAUCGUAUUCAUCACUUUCAACUCUGGAGAUAUUGAACUACAUAUAAACUUGAGUUUUGUACUUUCUGAUAAAGCUAAGUUCCGGUUGCUCCUGAAUGACUGUUGUCCUCAAUGCACUAAUGAUGUAGUGUCGUUUUUAGCCUUAAUUGUACCCAACAAUUAGUCAUUUUGUAUAUAUUGUUCAAUGUGCAUUUUUUUGAACCCUAAUUUAACUUAUGCCUAAUAAAGGUAACUGAACUGAA